UUGUAGGACCAGCCAUUUAAGUUGGGACUCCGCGGUUAGGUAUACUUACUAGGUAUCUACGGCAUAGCUACAAGCUACAAUCUACGCGAACGACGCCGGCAAGCGACUCGGAGCUUAUCACUUGCGUAAAGCGAACGAGUGCGCGCGGCGCGACAUCGAUUUUUCCACCAAACAACCCAUUUUCAACCAUCAGUAAUAUUACAAACACGUUUCAAAUAACACUAGUGGCAUAUAUUGAAGUGCUAUAAACAUUAAAGUGAGAAAUGUGAUUAUUUCCCGCUAAAAUAAUGCGCCACUCCCCGUGGGCAGAAAAUCAUGGCCGCCCAAAAUAAAGUGGAAAGCGACUCAGACCAGAUGCCGGCCGCAGCUGAUCCCAAUGCGGAGCAGAAGGAGCGGCUCAUUGCCAGCGUCAAGAAGGAGGUCAAGCAGUUGAUGGAAGAGGCUGUUACUCGCAAGUUCGUGCAUGAGGACAGUGGUGGAGUUACCGCACUAUGUGGUGCUGUAGAGGCCUGCCUUGGACAAGGGCUGAGGAGGCGUGCUCUCGGGCUGUUCAAAACCAGCUCAACGACUGCCCUCCUUCAUAAAAUCGCCAAGCAUUGUCCAGAAGCAGCGUUGGUUUCGGCACGGGUCUUGGCUGCUGAAGGAGCACCAGCGACGCGUUCCGCAUCAGGCGUAGAGAGGCGACCCUCGGCACCACGACCGCCUCUUAGCAAAAGAGGGUCUGGAUCUCUACUUUCACAAUCACCUCCACAGUCCAAAUAUCUAUGGAUCCGUAUAGCUCUAUUCGAGCGGCAACUAGCAAAGAUAAUCGAGCAUUUGGUGAACAAUGCUACGCGGUACUAUGAACGAGACGCGCUGGUCGCUGAUCCUGACUAUGGAAGUAUCCUCAGCUCCUUACUUGUCGGGCCUUGUGCGUUGGAGUAUUCAAAAGCUAAGGCGCCUUCUUGCUUCUGGACGGAUCCACCAGCAGACGAAUUGGUACAGAGACAUCGUAUGUCGGCCGGGACAACUACUCCGCCUUCUGUACGAAGACCGAUCCUCAAUUUCAGGAGGAGUUUAAAUGCUUCGUCUGAUGACAGUGUCUCUACGAACACAGGUACAGGAAAAACGGGUGGAUCAACUGCUAAAGACUAUGUUGAAAGUUUACAUCAGAAUUCAACAGCUACGCUGCUGUAUGGGAAGAACAACGUACGAGUACAACCGAAGGACACAGAAGAACCGAUGCCUGGCUACCUGAGCUUGCACCAGACGGCUGCUGGUCUAGUGAUCAAGUGGACACCUAAUCAGCUUAUGAAUGGAUAUGCUGAAAGUGAAGGAAUUGACAAAAGCUACCGCUGUCACCUAGUGCAUGCGUCUGCGUGUCAAAACACGUGUAUUCUGUGCAGCCUAGCUCCCGUUUGCACCGUGUACAGGAGAGUUUGUUCUGGGCCGCUUUGUAUCGACUGUGUGUACUGGGCGAUGUCACUGCAAGUGUGCGUGUGGGAGGUGGUGUACGUACAUGUCCAUCGUUCACAAGCAAGCGACGCACUCAUACUUGUUGGCCAAGAUGGCGUGCAACGACCACCAAUACAGUUUCCAAAAGGUGGUCAUUUAUUAUCGUUCUUGAGUAAUCUAGAAACUGGUUUACUACCUCAUGGUCAACUGGAUCCUCCGCUUUGGUCACAAAGAGGAACUGGCAAGGUUUUCGGUCGUGGUAAAAUUCGAAGGCGUCCGAUGCCGAGUCUCUGUGAGAGUGGAGAGACAGAGGAAGCUGAAUGGGAGGAGGCAGCCGGAGAUUAUGUGUUCCGUAUAGUGAACAACGCUAUUACCGAUAGAGAAGCCAUGCGACGUUCUCUCCUGGAGCGCGCAGUGCAUUCACCGCCGCGUACUCCGCGCCGGCCGCUCGCCUCCACUUCCACCACGUCAUCCGACUCGUCCACAAUGUCCGUGGACUGCCCGCCGUCGGCCGGCUUUAAUGGACACCCUCCGCAGAUACUACCGCCCUCUGUACAGUAUACUGAAGAGGUACCUCCAGCGUCGAUUGAGUUGGUUUGUAGCACGAUGCGUCGUCAGAUAAUUUCGCGAGCGUUUUAUGGCUGGCUUGCGUACUGCCGACAUUUGUCAACGGUUCGAACGCAUCUAAGUGGUCUAGUACAUCCUAAUAUUGUUCCUAGAGAAGGCACGGAGUCGGGAUUAACAGAAGAACUAUGGCGGACAAUGAUGGAUAACAAAGGCGUUAUAAGCGACAAAGAGGAAGUGUAUCGACAAGUAUACUACCACGGAGUACAACAUGAGAUAAGGCGUGAAGUAUGGCCUUAUUUGCUGGGAUAUUACGAAUUCGGUUCAACAGCAGAAGAAAGGGCGGAACAGGACGCAGCGUGUCGUCGCCAAUACGAGACCACAAUGUCAGAGUGGCUGUGCGUGGAAGCGAUAGUGAGACAGCGGGAUCGUGAAGCCACGGCCGCAUCUAUAGCACGACUCUCUGAAGCAUCAGGGAGACCGAAACCUGUUGAGAAUACAGAACCUUGUGAGGUGUUUGAAGAUGAUUACAGUGUUAUAUCAGAUAAUCCUCCAGUCGUUUCGCCGGAACCCAGCGAAAAUGAGCAGAAGCGACUGGAUACGAAACCAGUUCUAUCUCGAGCGCCGAGCAUAGAUGAGGUCGAUAAUAUAGAGCUAGAUUCUGAAGAAAAGGAGAAAGAAAUUAAAGUUAACGGAGAGACUGAGACCGGUGAUAAUAUAGAUGUAGAUAUAGACAGUCUUAAAGACUUAGACGACGACGAAGAAGUGCAUAUUAAGAGUGUUGUAGAAAAUCCAGAUUUAAGAAGAGAAAGUAUAGCGGAGAUUAAAAGAAUAGCUGAAGAUAUAGUUCAGAAAGGUGACGGUAGAGGAUUGCUGUGUAGUGUUGACAGUGCGAAUGUUAAUAUAAAUGGGAGUGAUUUGAGAUCAUCGUUAGAUGAAAACCAACCGAGUUCACAGCAACACACUAGUGUAAUUAUAACUAAUCCGUCUGUGGAUUUAGCUCCUUCUGGGUCUCCAGCCUCUGGAGGAAAUACUGCCAAUGUGAGUCCAGCCCGAAGUCCGUUGGGUGUUGUGCGGGAAGAGUCGCACUCUGCAGGUGCAUCGUUUGAUAUGCUGGAACCGACCAACGAUCAACGCCCUGAAACUCGUUCCAAUUGUGUAUCACCCGCUAGCUCUAAUGGUGGUGUUUACUCGAAUGAACUGGUGGAGAGCUUUGCUUUAAAUCUACAUCGUAUAGAAAAGGAUGUGCAACGGUGCGAUAGGAACUAUCCGUUUUUCACUGACGAAAACCUUGAUAAACUGAGGAACAUAAUGUGCACAUUCGUAUGGGAGCACUUAGACACAGGCUACAUGCAAGGCAUGUGUGAUCUAGCAGCGCCAUUGUUAGUAAUGAUGCGUGAGGAAGCCGUCGCGCAUGCGCUGUUUGCUAGAUUGAUGGAGCGUGCCAAGGAUAAUUUCCCUUCAGGGCAAGCUAUGGAUGCUCAUUUCGCUGAUAUGAGAUCCCUUAUACAAAUCUUGGACUGCGAGUUGUACGAGCUGAUGCACGCACAUGGGGACUACACCCAUUUUUAUUUCUGCUACCGCUGGUUCCUCCUCGACUUCAAACGGGAGUUGUUAUAUCAAGAUGUAUUCUCAGCGUGGGAGUUGAUUUGGGCGGCGCGAUAUGUAGCAUCUGAACACAUGGUGCUGUUCAUUGCUCUCGCUCUUCUCGAGACCUAUCGUGACGUCAUACUAGCUAACUCUAUGGACUUUACCGAUAUCAUAAAAUUUUUCAAUGAAAUGGCCGAGCGUCACGAUGCGUCCGCUGUACUAUCUCUCGCUAGAGAUCUCGUUUUGCAAGUUCAAACCCUAAUAGAAAACAAAUAAUGAUCAUUUUAAAUUAAUAGUUAUAUGUUGACCUAUACAAUGACAAUGAUCUAGCUAUAUUGUUCGUAGGAAGGAUGACUUCAAUGUGCAGUAUGUAAUAUUGUUUAUACAGGCGUAGCUGCAUGCGUUUAUCUUCAAACAUAUAUGAUAUGUCUAUAAUAUAAAAUUUAUAUAUUACAGUUACAUUAUUUUAAAGUAUUUUUAGCGGAAUUUGAUAAAUAUUUUAAUCACAAUUAUUAAAAAUGAAAACAUUAGGUAUUUAAGUUAAUUGUUACAGAUUAGCGAUUUAGUUGUAUGUAUUAUUUAAAGCAAAUUUUUGUUUCGAUCUUUUUUAUUCAAUCUCAUUUCCAGUCUGCGGUCCUUGCAGCGAAAAUUGUACAAUAAAAUUGCUUAAUUUUUUUUUUAUUUUCUUUUAGCACGUCUCGCCAUAUGUUGUAAAGUUUAUUUUAGAGCAUAUAUUUUAUUGACUGUUCUAACUAGUAUUAGUAUACAAAAUGUUGUUGAUUAUUAAGCAAUGAUUUCAAUGAGAAAUUUCCCAAGAAAACAAAACCGUAAAAUGAAAAUACCUAUUUUGUUUUUUUUGUUUUGUUUGCGUAUUCAACCGGCGUAGCGUGGGACUAUUUACAAUAGUAGAUGAAACAAGAAAUAUAUCUAUAUAUUAUGGAUAGAAUAUGUAAAGAUAAGGUAAGUAUUUGGUUUUCUUUGUUAUCUUGAAGAGGAAGAAAACCGUUUUGAAAAAGUAAAAAUAAAUUAGAUAAAAUUCUUUCCUGAAACGCACUUUUCAUAUUUUAUGAUAAAUAAAAAAUAUAUUUUUUAAAAAUAUUUAUUUUCUUCACUAAAUCGUUAAUACAACGAGAUAUAAAUAGAAUAUUUAAUGUAUUAUGUGAUUUAACGUGAAUUAUGUUGUAGUUGAACAAUUACUAAAGUCGCAUUAAGCGAUAUAGUCAGCAUGUUAAAACAAUAAAAAUAGCAAAAUUUUUAGAAAGGUAAUUGAAAUCAUUUAAAAAAAUCUUAUACAGAAUUGAACUAGAUGCAUAGUAAUAUUGUUAUUAAUAUAUACUAUUUAUAAUAACUAUAUAUAAUUGGCUCCACAUAUUAAUUUCAUACUACGUAUGACCAGUAAAAAAUAUAAUAAAAUUUCAUUCUUCAAAGUCUUUUGAUUAUUUAAAUUUAAAACAAGUCGAAUGAACUUCUAAACACGGAAUGAAUUUUGACAUUUUGUGUCAAUAAUUUUAAUAAAUACUUGUAGAUACAGUGAGAUGCCAAAAUACUUAGAUAAACUUUGGUGAACGAUUAAAUUAGUUCUAUAUUUCUAAGUAAGAAAAUACCUCAGUAAUGUUUGGGAUAUCAUAUCGUUAUGGUGAUAUUUACUACUUGUACGAAUUAUUGAAAGAUCUUACUGGAUUUUAUUACCUUUUCAUAUAAACUAUCAGAUCCAAAUAAUGAUAAAUUCAUAUUUACUUUAUGUAGCUACUAAAUGUACUAAACGUACAUUAAAUUUAAAUUUGGAGUUUCAGUGGGAUUUAAUUUUUUUAUAAGUAUUAAAUUAUAAUAAUUAUUAAUAUAAUUAUUUUAAAAGUAGUUAAAAUACGAUAGAAUGUAUUGAAAUAAAAAAAAAAAACAAGAUGUUGUAGUGUCUGUACUUAUAGAUAUAUAUUUAAUUCAAUGAUAUACUUACCUGUAGGUGUGUGUAAUCUUUGAAUAAUAUAAAGGCAAAAAUUUAAACGUGUUAGAAAGGAAAAAAAUUCUAAAGGUACCAACCAAUUAAAAAAAAAAUAUUUUCCUGGAAAUAUUAGAUUUUAUUCAUUUAACAGAUAACAAUGUCAAGUGCAGUUUAUCUCAAUUUAUAUUCCUACACAUCAUAUCAUUAAAACCUCCUUCCCCUGUGCCUUGUCCGUGAAAACGAGAAUUAUCUCAUUAACGUUACUUAAAGCAAAGCUUCGAUAAGAAAAUCUGAUAUAUGGAACAUUAUUUUAUGUUCUAUAUAUACUAUAUAUUAAUCGUUCUUGCAUUUACAUACAAAAAUUUAAUUAUUCAUAAUUAAUUUUAAGAACAAUACAAUUAAACUAAAUGGAAAAUAUAAUUAAUAAAUAAUUAAAAUUGUAAUUAAGUUUCAGUCCACGCUUCUUGUAUUACGUCCAUGCACAAAGUCAUGCAUAAUAAUGCAAGCUCAUUUUAAAUGCUAUUAUAUAAUUUUUAUUAAUAAAUAAGAUAUUUAUACAUUAAAAAUACUAUAUGCUCCAUAUUACAUAUAUUAUGAGUAUUGAAUUAUGUGCACUUAUGCAUUAGGUACCAAAUAAAGUACCAAAACAGUCGUAUCUUAAAACAGAUAUUGUAAAAAUGGCAUACUUUAUAUGAAAUAUAUAUAAUGAAUUUGAUAUUUGUUUACUAUUUAUAUAAUUUUUUUGUUACAAAUAUAUGGCCUUAUUAUAUAUAUUUAUAAUUAUUUAAAAAUGUUCACAAUAAACCGUGGUCUACUUUCUCAAAAUUAUUGUUGAAACAUUCUUGUUUUUAGAGCUUCCACUGUUAUUAGGUAAAAUAGUAUUAAAUAUUAUUAAUUUAUUUGUUUAAUCCGUUUAAUGUUUUAAAAGAAAUUUUACUUUCAGAGUCAUAGAUAAAAAACGAUUAAAACAAAGUAUUAAUUUACAUAUUUAAUUUAUAUAUAUAUAUAUAUAUAUAUAUAUAUAUAUACAUAAUUAUAUUUAAUUAGCUCGUGUAUAUAUAAAUAUUUAUACCUUUACUAAAAUAAUAAAUAUUACCUUUGAGUGACAAAAAUGUCCAAAACAUGUUGCGUUUGAAGAAAAUGUGGUUUCCUCUUUUUAGAAACAAAGUGUCUUUUUGAGACAAACCAUAAUAAAAAUUAUCUGUAUUUUAAUUUAUAUUUAUAUUUUCAUAAACAAUAUAAAUGCCGUGUGGUCCCGUCAUAGAAUACGCCACCCCUUUCUUUCCCCUGGGUGUCAUAAGGGGCGACUAAGGGAGGGCGAGGAAUGGGCAGCAGCGUCCCUCUUAAAACAUCUACGAGGCCUAAUGUUACCAAUGGUUAAAUAAUAUAAUACUUAGGUGGCCAGUCCGCCUACCAAGCGAGGCAACUACUGGCAAAACCCCCCAAGGGGAGGCUUAGGUUCAGCAGUGGACAGUUAAAGGCUGAUAUAUUGACGAUAAAACAAUAUAAAUAUUUCGUUGCUUAUAUUUUAAUAUAUCACAAACGCAACGUAAUUUUUGCUAAAUGACUGAAUGUUGUUCUUGAAUGUAUUAAUCUACCAAAUUAAUUAUAUAAUUAUUAUAUAAACAUAAUUAUACAGAAAUUAUAUUUAUUUACUGUUUUAUUGAAUGUAGCUCCUAUAUUCUGAUAUUGUCUUUAUCAAAUUAAAUAUAAUUAUAUUUACUCUAAAUUAUUGUUAAGGCUUCAUAGAUAUUUCUGUGCUAAACGAUCGAUAUCCACUGAAUCUGAAUAAUUGUGAUUAUCAUACGCUUAUAUUAGAUAUUUUUCAUUCAUACUGAUACAGGCCUAAGUCCAAACCAAUCCAUAAGCUAAGCUUAAUUGUUAGGAUUCCUUACAUAUUGUAUACACACAAGAAGCGCGUCAGAAUUGUAGGUUAUUAAUUCGUAUGGAUGUGUCAGAGGAUUAUUACAUUUUUUGUAUUAUAUAUCCGUCCCGGCGUCGCCCGGGUGGACAUUUUUAACAUUUCCCUUCACUGCUCUGCUCCUAUUGAUCGUAGCGUGAUGAAAAAUACUAUAACCUGCCCAGGAGUAUGAAGAAUAAUUGUACCAAGUUUCGUUUAAAUCCGUCGAGUAGUUUUUGUUUCUAUAACGAACAUACAGACAGACAGACAGACAGACAGACAAAAAUUUUACUGAUUGCAUUUUUGGCAUCAGUAUCGAUCACUAAUCACCCCCUGAUAGUUAUUUUGGAAAUAUAUUUCAUGUACAGAAUUGACCUCUCUUAUUUAUUAUUAUUAGAUAGAUGGAUUUAUUAUUAUUAGGUCAACCUAAUUUUGUUCAAAUCCGUUCAGCUGUUUAAGUUAGGUAAAAAUUACGGUCUUCAAAAAAGGAGUUUUAAUGUUUCAUUAUAUAUUUUUUUAUUAUUCGCAGAAUAUUGUAAUCGUAUUUUUAUUAUUAGAUUAUCAUACAGACGUGUCAAAUUAUACCUUAUUACCUUUUCAUUUGGAAUAACAAGCAUCUACCUAUAUACAAUCAACGAAUAUCUAUUAAAUGAAUUCUAACCACGAUUCUGAAACGAUCUAAUAAUGUAUGUGCAACUAACGUGUUAAGAACACACAUUGGUAUCAGGAAUAAUAAUUAGUAAUGUUAACAUACAAAUUAAUAAAUAUUUAAAUAAAUUAGAAUCUAUAUAUAGAGACUUAAGUGUUUUUAAAUAAAUGUUUGUACGGACCUGUGUAAUUACCAUUUUUAAAUUCGCACUUGUUAACAUUAAGAAACUAAUAUAUAUAUUUAUCGUAACUUAGUGUAGAUUCAGGCAAUGAAGUGUUGACUUGGUUGAAUACGGAACUCUUUUUAAGAGUGUUCAUAUUAAGCAAUAUCUGAAUUAUCCGUCUGUCUUUUAAACAUAAUUGUGAAAUUUUUAACAUUUCUAAAUUGUUAUUUAAAAAGUAUUGUGGCUGAGAAUAAAUUUUGACUUUAUUUAACUAUUUGGAAAUUUAAAAAGUAAGAACUAUUUUAAGAGUUGCAAAAUACUUAGCUGCAGAUUUAAGCCCAUACUUUUCUAUGAUUAACGUUUUAGUUUAGAGCAUUUUUAAAAUUUAGAAAUAAUAAAAAUCAUUUUGACGGAUAACACAGACAUUAUUGUACUUUGGUAUGAGCAGUCUUAAGUACAAGAAUAAAGAAAUGUCGUAAUGUCAACUGAGUCAAUUUUUUUUUUGCUAGCUGUACAGUUAUACUAGCGACAUCUAUUAUGUACCCUGUAUUGGGAAGUUGAUAUUUUCAUCUUUCAUCUAUGUGAUACAUGCAUUACGUAAAAAUAAAAUAUAUAAUUCAGUAAAGUUUCCAUAGAUAUCAUAACCAUUAAUAAAUUUGUUAAAAACUGGAUUUUCGCCCGCAAUUACGUAUGCGUGGAUUUCAGAACUUAGAAAUCAAUGAAAUAAACCACUUUCGAAUAGCGUUUUAAAAUAAAAAUAAAGGUUACUAUAUUUUAAGUUAAAACUUUAGAAAUACAACUUUGUAAACCGUAUCCAAAUUGGUGUAGUAGUUUUUGCAUGAUGCCGCAAUAAACAUACUGACAAACAGACAGACUCAUAAAUAAAAUUCUCAUAUAAUUUUUCUUUCUCAUAUAUAUAUAUAUUUUUAAUAUCUUCCAUAUAUAAACAUCGUUUAGUCAAUUUAUUAUAUUCGUAAGGUCAUGUGACACUGACUGGGCAACAACAGUCGAAAGCGAAGUAAAGUGUAAAUGGAUGCAAAUAUAAAUGUAAUUCGGAAAUGCGCAUACUUCUCAAACGAAACUGCUCUAAACAUUACAUUUACAUAUAAAAUUUAAAUUAAUUAUUUAAUGAGGAAACUGACUUAGUGGGUUCGAGUAUCUCUUUUAUUUAUAAAAAUCUCUAUUAUCAUUAUAACAAUCAGUAAGUUAUUUGAUAUAUAAUUUAAAAUUAUUAAUGACCGUAUUUAUUAUAUAAAAAAGAGUUUGAACGUGUAAAAAACACGCUGCAUAUUAAAAUGACGUAGUUUCAGAUAUGUACGGACGAGACAAUGGUAGGCCGUUGCCGUUCCAGUCUAAAAUAUCCCUAUUUCCUUAGUAUUCUACAACGAUAAAUAAAGAAAAUUGAAUUAGUGCAAAACAUAAUGUAUGAACUUGAUUAAAUCAAAAGUAAAUUAUUUAUUACACUAUUUUUAUUUUUGAUGAAGUUUUACAAUGUUUAAAAUAACUAUUAUGAGCGACUCAUAAUAGGGUUCUAAACUUAAAAAUGUAUGUAAAAUACUUACAUACUGUUGCAUGUGAUUACUUAUUUUUGUUUUGUUUUUCGCCACUUGAACAAAAUAUUGAUUAUGACAAUACAAAGCCAAAUUUGUAGUUAUACCAGAUAUAUUUUUACGUACCAGAUAAAUUACGUCAUAACCUUUCCAAUCUAUUUCCCUCCUAAUAAACAUCAUAUUAUAACGUAGAUUCUUACUGUGAAUGUCACUGGAAUAAAUAUAGGAAAUAAAUCGAUAUAGAUGUCUUAAAAAUGAUAGUAAUACAAAAAUAUCAGUCACAAUACGAAACUUUAAAAAUAUAUUCUGAACAGCUAAAGUUGUGAAAUCGCUGUAAAGAGCUAAGGAAAACUUAGUAUAAAUGGUACCUAUAUACUCUUAUUGUUCCUACAUAAUUCUAGGUUACACCCAAUUCAAAUGUCCCUAUCAAAAUAGACUACCGUUCUAUUCUUACAUAUAAGUACAAUAACAUUCGAAAUACGAACGUAGGUAUUGCCCUCAUACGAGCGCUGCACGCUCGAUAUCAACGGAUUUGUGCCUGCACACGCCACGUGUUUAAUUCUAUGACGUCACGUUAACUAUGUACAUUUAUUUUUACUAUACUAUUGAGUCAAUGUUCUCAUUUUAUUGUAAUCAUAAUCGUCUGCUUUGUAAAAAUGUAUACCCUGAUUUAUUGAUUUAAUACGAAGAUAAUAAAUUAAUUAAUUAAUCUAUAGAUACGUAUAUUAUUUAAGGUUAUCUGUUCAUUAUUUUACCUUCAACGGUAUCCCUUUGUGAAAUGAUACUAUGUAGUACAUUAUAGAAAAUUAAAUACAAUAACUUACUGUAAUAAUAUACUUCUAUGUACUUACUAGGCUUACCGUAACGUGUAAGUAUAAAUUUGUUAUUUUCUAUAUCCGAUGUUGUACGACCUUACAACACAGCUUUAUAUCCCCAAUGAUACUUACAAUGUGUUAACUAUGUGCGAUUUAAGCAAAAUCAUCUUGUCAUUAAAGUAUGUUUCCAUU